AGAAAUUACCAAGAAAGAGAUGUACCUGUUGAGAGGGAUGUACAAUUAAGGAAGUCCCAAGCUGGUGGGUCAUUCACUGUAACCAGAGACACAUCGGGUGAGUUGUUGGGCAAAGGCACUAAGAUUACCCUCUACCUUAAAGAAGACCAGCUUGAAUACCUUGAGGAGUGCAGGCUCAGGGAUCUGAUUAUGAAAAAUUCUGAGUUCAUCAAUUACCCAAUUUCUCUUUGGAUUGGAGUUCAUCAACUACCCAAGGCUCAAGGCUUCGAGUUCGACAAUGGCUUCGGCUUCGAGUUCUACAGUGGCUUCGAGUUCGAGUUCGAGAGGGGCUUUGAGUGUUCCACCGCCUCAACAUCAACAACGAUUCUAGCCUCGAACUCGAAGGCCUCAUCAAGAUGGCAGAUCAGACAAGAUCGACUGCCUUAG